GGAAAUUGCAGAAAAGAGAGACUGAGAGAAUACGAUUGAACAAAGGAGGAGACCCGCGUUCAAUCAAGUUAUUCUCUUAGUUCUGAGUCGUUGGUGGAACAACGUGUCUCCCGAGUGGCACAGAAUCCCCAAACAAAAAUUGCUUGAACAUUGACUGGGAGUGAUCAUUGGGACUCUGACUGACCAGCCACUGCAGCAGACAAACUGCCGAAGCGCCGAAAAUGGAUGAAUCGGCGUCGCUAAUUUCGAAGAGCGAGUUGAAUGACUUGGUCAAAGGUCGGGCCAGCGUGCAGGAGCUGGUCGGAGCUGCGAAAGUCCUGCAGACCAGACUGCAGAACCUGGUGCCCUUGAAGGAGUUGGCCAUGCGCACCGUCGUCUCCAGCCUGCCCAAACUGGACCCUGAUUCCAUCAACAACCUUCCCAGCAGUAUAAAAGCUGCAUUCCUUGAGCUCAUCACAAAGUCAAUUCCCAGGGAUGCUGUUCGUUAUGUGAGUCCUGAUUGUCCUGAACUUGGCCUUGAUUUUGCUUCAGACGGCACUUGCGUCCUCAAGAAAAUUGUCAAUGGGUGCACAUUUGAGGAGAAAGACUUACUCAUGCCUGAUCUGAGCAUAAUGAAGCAGCUCAUAUCUUCAGACCUUCAAGAUUUUGACUUUAAUGCAAUUGAAAGGGAUACGACCGUCUUCAGCGAAGAAUCCGAGGAAAUCUGGAAGUGCUUGGCCUCUUCGGCCCCCAACCUGACAAGUGUUAAGGACCUGUGGAAAGAGUGUCAACUGCCGAGACCUGGACACCUGAUUGUCGAGUACCUUGCUAAGUUUCCCAACCUGAGGGACCUUGAGCUGGCCACCUUCCGAUUCUCAGACGAGGACAUUAGAGUGCUGAGUACGAGCUGCCCCAACCUCAGGAGUAUCACUUUGACAAGGAAUCCUGACCUGACCGAGCAAGGACUGCAUUUGCUUCAAAAUUUGCCCCUGCUGAAGAAAAUUAUCUUCGGUGGUGAUUCAAACAUGCUUUUAACGUUGGGAGAGCCGAAUUUGCUAGAAAAUGCUGCCUGCCAUCAAAAAGCAUUCGAAUUGCUGCCAAACCUCAAAUCCAUCCUCGUGUGGGACGAUACCAGGGGCGGUGAUCCUGAUUCACCUUACUUGCCAGACUUGUUCUUCCCUAAGAAUCCUCCACAGCCAUUCAUGUUGCAGGAGGCGUCAGAUAUCCAUGUUUUACAUGCUCAAAACAUUACGAAUCACUUUCCUGAACUGACGAAGGUGUACUACAGAGAGCACCUGCCCCUGGAGCGCCUGCCGCGGUUGCGAACGCUGGAUGGGCUGCAGUUCCCCGAGGACUACCCGGUCCUGCAACUGUUUGGCUCCAAACUUGUUGAGAUUAUUGUUGAUGUUUCUAGCGGUGGACUCGUUGAUUUGGGUCACAUUCUGGUUUCGUGCCCCAACCUGGAGAAGCUGCACCUGCGCGCUUGCUUUUUGCAAGAGGAGCAGCAGCACCCUGUCGACCCUGCCAGAUUGAAGCUGAAGGAUCUGCAGCUGGUAGCAGAUCCCAUCGAAGACAACCCUGAAGAACCUCGCAUGAUCUUCUGGGAUCUGUUGCUGGCGCCGAACCUCCAGAAAGUCUGCCUUCUCUGCUUCCUCUUCACCGAGCCAAAGGCCCUCCUCGACUCGGCUUUGCCCUUCCUGCAACAACUGACCUACAUCGAGACCAGUUUUGAGUUCAAGUGGCCCACCGAGGAUACCAAAGAUGAAGAGUUUCCGCAAGUCCUGGACGUGCACAACGAGCUGCUCUCGGGGCUCAUCAGAAACUGCCCUAAAUUGGAAACAAUUAAAUGUGACAUUGGUCUGCCAAGAUUGUUUAGAACAACAGAUCAAGAUGGUCGAGUUCUUUAUUUACCUACAGAAAAUCACACAUUGAUUUUGGCAGAUGUGUCUCCGGAAUGGCGCAGAAUCCCCAAGCAAAUGGAAGAUGUGGAAGAUGAUUAGAGAGCCAUUUUUCUGAAGCUUGAAUAACAUUUGUAAUUUAUUUUCCAAUGUCUUCGAUGCCAUUUUACAUACAAAAAGUCAAUUCUAGUAUUUGCAAAAGCUCAAAAUAAUGAAAACUAAGGCUAAUUUUAAAACAAAAUGAUUGACUGAUUAUGCUAGUUCGUGUCUUUGCACCAUGUGCGCUUAUCAAAUGGUCUGAAUUGCUCCUUAAAAGAGUACAAGUUUUAACAUUGAAAGUUCUUUAAAUGCAUUCAUUUAAGCAAUUAAGAUUAAAGUCAUAUUUGCGAGUGUCCAGUCAUUGAGUUUACAAAAAUAUAAUUUUGAACGUAAACGAAAAAUGUAUUGCUCAUUAUUUAAGUCUCCAUGCUAGCCAUUUAUGAGAGGUGGACUGAAAGUUUUACAAGUGAAAUGAAUUAAUAAACACAAAUUACUAUUAACAAAUUUAA